UAUGUUCCAUCGGCAUGCUAUGAAUAUAACGACCAAGGCACAAUGAUAGCAGCAGCUAAUCCUUCAUUGUUCAACAAUAAGGCAGCUUGUGGAAAAAGUUACAAAGUGAAGUGCACUGGAGCCAUUAACCAAGGACCAAAUCCAUGCCGAGGAGGAACAAUAACUGUAAAAAUUGUAGAUCUUUGUCCGGGAUGCGGAAAAAACCAACUUGAUCUCUCUCAACCGGCUUUUUCAAUGAUUGCUAAUCCUGAUGCUGGAAGAAUCCGAAUUCACUAUACCAAGGUUUGAGGCAACUUUGGGAGAUAAAAGGAUUUCAAAGUUAUUCAGAAUAAGCUUUUUAGCAUGUUUAAUGCUAAUAUAUAAAUAUGUAAAACACUAUACAGCUAGUUGAAUAAAAGACAUCGGGUAGAAAUCAUAUAUUGAUUUCUAUCAUAAUAACAAAACUAAGGAUGUAAUGUGAAUUUCACUUAUCUUGUGAUGUCUUCUUUGUCGAAAUGAAACUUUGAAGUCCUAGUAAUGUAACAUGUUAUUAUUGUUAUCUAAUCUUUAAAUUCGAUGCUAA